AUGGCGACCGUGGGCGGCGCGUGCGCGGAGCGCUCCCUCCGCGGGCGGCCCGGACCGCCGGCAGCGCCAACCGCGCGCGCGUCACGUGACUCUGCCCCCCCUCACGCUGCGGUCCCCCCGCCCCACAGUGGUGGGAGGCAACAAUGCGUGAGUCGUGGGGCUGCGGGUCGGCAGGCAGUUCCGAGGCGCAGGCCGUGGCGAGCGACACACGCACCGCGCACAACGCACCGCGCCAGCCCCACCAGUAAUCAGCAGCCACAGCAGCAGCAGCCGCCGGGGACCGCCGAGCGCGACCGCGUGUCUGCCGCCCCCACCACGAGCGAGCGCCCCGUGGACGCGACAGCCCGACGACUCCGGAUCGAGCGGCGAGCGACAGGACCGCAGGAGAGGGACGAGUGUGAACAGUGCGGACACGUGCGCGCGGUGAAUGUGAACCUCGUGCCGGGCGAAGCGCGUGCAGCCCGAUGCGGGCGCGCUGCAGCUGCUAGCCGCUCGCAGCGCAGCAGCCAAGACGACGCCGACGCCGACACCGACGCCGCCGCUGCCGCUGGCGCAGCCGCCGCCGCCCCCGCCGCCGCCUUCCUGGGCCUGCACCACGCGCACCACCACCCGCACCACGCCCACGGCCACGCACACCACCACCACCCGCACCACACGCCGCCCCACGCGCCGGGCCCCGGUCCGGCACAUGCGGCCCCGGCCGCCGGCUGCUGCGCCCUCACCGCCGCCCACAACAUAGGCCGGCCGCACCCCGCCGCGCUGCUCCCCGCCAGCAUGCUGGUAGCGUGCGCGGGCUGCGACAAGCCCAUCCUGGACAAGUUCCUGCUCAACGUGCUGGAGCGCACGUGGCACGCCGAGUGCGUGCGCUGCUUCGACUGCCACGGCAACCUCACCGACAAGUGCUUCAGCCGCGAGGGCAAGCUCUUCUGCAGGAACGACUUCUACAGGCGCUACGGCACCAAGUGUGGCGGCUGCGCGCAGGGGAUCUCGCCGCAGGACCUGGUGCGCAAGGCGCGCGACAAGGUCUUCCACCUCAACUGCUUCACCUGCAUGGUGUGCCGCAAGCAGCUGUCCACCGGCGAGGAGCUCUACGUGCUCGACGACAACAAGUUCAUCUGCAAGGACGACUACAUGUCGGGCAAGACGCACCAGGACUCGCUGCUGGGGUCGGGCUCGGAGGACGAGGACGAGGAAUGCGAGCCGGGCGUGGGCGGCGCGGCGGCGCUCAAGGCGGGCGCGGGGGCGGCGGGGGCGGGAGCGGGCGGCGGCGGGGCGGCGGGCGCGCACGGGGGACCGGGCCAGCCGCCGCCCCACACGCCGCUGCAGCCGCCGCCCGAGGCCAACAACAACGACAUGGUGGGGCCGCUGGUGGGCGGCGCGCCGCCGGGCCCGCUCGUGCCGCCCGCCGACGUCAAGCCGGGCCAGGACGACUCCGAGGACCAAGGCUCGCUGGACGGCGACCCGGAGACGCGCGACUCGCAGACGGAGAACAAAAGCCCCGACGAUGGCAACUCGGGCUCGAAGCGGCGCGGCCCGCGCACCACCAUCAAGGCCAAGCAGCUCGAGAUCCUCAAGACGGCCUUCUCGCAGACGCCCAAGCCCACGCGGCACAUCCGCGAGCAGCUCGCCAAGGAGACCGGCCUGCCCAUGCGCGUCAUUCAGGUGUGGUUCCAGAACAAGCGCAGCAAGGAGCGGCGGCUGAAGCAGCUGACGUCGAUGGGCCGCGGGCCGUUCUUCGGCAGCUCGCGCAAGAUGCGCGGCUUCCCCAUGAACCUGAGCCCGGGCGCAGGCCUCGACGACCCGCCGCCCGGCUUCCCCUACUUCGCCGCCGACGGCAAGUUCGAGUUCGGCUACGGCGGGCCCGCCGGCUUCCACCACGAGUUCUUCCCCGGCCACCACCCGCACCAGGCGCAGCCGCUGCCCUUCGCCGGACCAGGCGGCCCCAUGGAGCAGGGCGGCCCCGGGCCCGGCCUGCCGCUCGCCGCGGAGUUCGCGGGGCUCAGCGCAGAGCCGCCGCCCGGCUUCCUGCCGCAGCCGCCGCCGCCCGCCGACCAGAUCCUCGCCCAGCAGCGCGCCAGCCCCGAGUUCAUCAGCUCGCAGGGAGGUUUCUCGGAGACACAGCAGAUGCAGAGUGAGGUGGUGUGGUGAUAGCGCCACCUGCAGAUACACCCGCUCGUCGACGAGUCAGUAACGAGAAUAAGGACGACGGCGACGACUCCUGGUCACGCGUGAAGACGGUCGCCAUCACCUCCGCUGUCAACCACACUUCAGCUGCGAAAGGUCAGCGCUACGCACCCACCACUGCCGACUGGGCAAAGGUCAGCGCUACGCACCCACCACUGCCGACUCGCGCUCCCCUGUGGUCACCGGGAAUUCUCAGCGGGACACUACGAGAACGACGACGGUUGUUGUGAGCCCUCCCCACGGACGGGACCUUCCCAAGAUUUGUGCCAUUUAACAAGAACCGCAACCCUUACAGUGCGCGACUGCGGAAAUUUCUGGUGUGACAGUGCAAGAGAGAAAGUUAUCGAUGUACGCUCCAGAUGUGUUCAGGUGCCAGUGUAAACUGGUUGGACAUACUGCCUGGCCGAGAAGAAUCCAUCCGAAUUUCCGUGUUACGAAAUAUCAUAAAUGGUCCUCAUAAAGAGCCUGUCUUUUGGCUGGUGACAUUUUGGAGGCUGAAGAUAGUGAAUAACCAUCCGAAGUGCAGAAGUGUCCUGUUUCAGAUAUGACGGGUACUGUCCAGUUUUCGACGCCGACUGAUGUCCUAACCGAGGGAAAGUGUGCGGUUCUCAGUUCUUCUGUGCUGAACUCAAUUGUGAAUGACGGUGAAUCUCUGCAACAAUGUAACCGACAAAUUUAAUAUUGCGUGUUACUCCAGUAUAUGUACAUAAUGAACACUGUGCUGACAUUUUCAAGGUAACGGCAGUCCGUUAUAUACCGGUGUGAGCUUUUCCCCCCAGAACCUUAUCAGAAAGCGAGUGAUAAUACGUUUAUACUUUGUUUUCAUUAAUAUAAUAAUUGUUUAAGAGACAGCCGGCGAAAGCUUUCCCAGUAUGCAUCUGCUGUCGGGCAAGUUGCUGUGCGUGAGGAUGUGAGCUAUUCUCAAAUCAUACCAAUUAGCCGACAUCACACACCUUCCGACUGGCAAAUAGUGAGAAAAGUCGAAGACGAAACGAUAGAUACAAGCUCUGUGUGCGCAGUGUGCUCCGCUACGGUGCUAACUUUAAAUAUGUAGCGAUUGUAAAGGGUCCGAGCAGUUAACAGACGGCGUUUCAUGCAAAUACUCGCAACUGUCGUAAGCUGCCUAAUGUCUAUGAAUGGAAUAACUUUGUGGAAUGAAGGAAAAGUGACUAGAUUUGCGUUUAAAAAUAAACGGAUGUUAAGAGUUUAACGCUUUGAGAUAUUUAGGCUGCGGACUUUUUCCACUUCAGCAGAGGAAAAAAGUUGUUGAAUGCGAUAAUCUCUCCGUGUCGCAUCGUUUCGUUUCGCGCCAAUGCGCUACUGUGGAAGCUUUCUGCGAAAAGUGUAGAGCAAAGCCAGUGUUACGAUGAUGCUUAACUUGACCCAGUAUGUGUCACAUUUCCUAAUGUACAGUCAGUGUAAAUAACAAUAAGUAAAUCCGCAUUGUCCUCCUCUGUAGAUAAAACAGCUGUGUACUUCGCUAUAUAAAUAUAUAUAUACCAGAAAAUAUGUUAAAACCUGAAGAAAAAUUAAGAAAUCACUACUUCUGUAGGUUUUGAAUGUAGCUGGCCUCAGAUAGCGUCGCGUACGUGUUGUUUUGUUGAGGGAAUAAAUGUAUGGAUGAACCA